AUGAAAUUUAUUAUAAUUUUAAUUUUUAUAUAUUUUAUUAAUAAUAUUAAUGGAUCUGUAAUUAGGUUAUUAACAUUUAAUAAUGAUCAAUGUGGUGGUGAACCAUAUAAUAUUAUAACUAAAAAUAUAUGUUCUUCUAAAGGUUGUUUUAAAAUAUCACCAGAUAAAAAAAUAAUUUAUGGUAUGAGUUUAACAUCAAAUGAAAGAAUAGUUUCAGGAAAUAAUAUUGGAGAAUGUAUUAAAUUUGAUAAUUCAUCAUCGCUAAUUGAAUAUCAAGAAACCAAUAAUUUAUAUUCAUUUGAAGGUUAUUUUGAUUCAUUAAAAGGUGAAUAUUGUGGAUUUAAUUCAUCAUCAAGCCAAGAUUCAAAUUAUUUCUAUUUUAAGAAAUCAUGUAAUUUAGAAAAUGGUAUUAUUACUCUAUCAAAUUGUAAAUCAUGUUUAUCUGGUGACAAAAAUUGUAAAAUUAUUCAAACAAUUCAAACAAAAACUCAAACAACUUGCACAUCAAUUAUAUCAUCUAAAAAAUAUACUUAUCAUAAUAUUUUUGAUAAUAAUUCAAAUAUUUUAAAUAAUAAUUUUAAUUUUUUAACAUUUUUAUUAUUGUUAGUAAUAAUUUCUUUAAUUAUUUAA